AUGUUGAGAGCCCACGCUCAGAUUCAAGCACACCCCCAGAAAAUAACUUUCCUGAGAGAAAAAGAGGUUUUGAUAACUGUUGUGUUUAGAGAUCCUACAAUGGAGAAAGGGACGAGUUCACGGCCAUCAUCCGGAUCUUCGUACGAGGUUUUUCUAAGCUUUCGGGGAGCAGACACCCGUUAUGGAUUCACUGAUUGUCUUUACCAUGACAUGGUUGAGGCCGGGAUUAUUGUCUUUAGGGACAAUGAAUCCCUCCAUGUCGGAAAGGAAAUUGGUGGUGAACUUCUACAAGCAAUUGAGAACUCCAAGAUCUACAUUCCCAUAUUCUCCAAGAAUUAUGCUUCGAGUCAUUGGUGCCUCCGAGAGCUUGCACAUAUGGUCGAGUGCACCUCGAAAUCAAAUGGGAACAAAGAGAUCCUACCCAUCUUCUUGGACGUGGAGCCUGAAGAUGUCAAACUCAAAACAGACUUGUAUAGCCAAGCUCUUUCGAAGCGCCAGAAGAUUUGGUGCACUGAAUUUGAGUCAUGGGAAAAGGCUCUCAUCGAGGUGGGCAAGUUAAAGGGGUGGAACUUGAAGAAAGAUCAAGGCCAAGGAAAUCUCAUACGUUCGGUAGUUCGAACGAUUUCGGUUAAGCUGAAGGUUGCACAUGAAAAUGUGACUGAACAUCUAGUCGGAGUUGAUGAUCGUGUAGGAGCUAUAAUCAAAAUGUUGGAUGCGGGAUAUGACAGUGUACAAUAUCUGGGAAUCCACGGAAUGGGCGGUGUUGGCAAAACAACCCUUGCUAAGGUCGUCUUCAACACACUAUCUUCUAACUUUGACCGACACUGUUUCCUCGCAAACGUUGGGGAAUUAGCAAAAGGCAAUAAUGGUCAGGUAAAUUUGCAAAAACAAUUGUUAUCCAAACUCCUUGGUUCUCAUUCUAUCGACCAAAUUGAUCACGUGAAUGAUGGGAUCAACAUGAUGAACAAGGGAGUACUUACAAAAAAAAAAGUUCUCAUUGUUCUAGAUGACGUGGAUGAGAAAGAGCAAUUCAAAACUUUAGCAGGAAAAUGCAAUUGGUUCGGUGCUGGUAGCGGGAUUAUCGUAACCACUAGGGACCAAAGUGUCCUAACGAUUGAGGGAGAAGCAACAAGUGAAGGCCUUGUAAAAAAGUUUGCAAACAUUUCGAUGUACGAUGUACGAGAAAUGGAAUUUGAUCAUGCUCUUAAGCUUUUCAGUAGGCAUGCCUUCGGAAGAGACUCUCCACCGGAUCAUCGCGUCUCCCUUUCAAAAGACAUUGUCCUUACUUUGGGAAAGCUUCCUUUAGCUCUUGAGAUUACAGGAUCAUCCCUUAACAGUAAACCCGAAGCGUUAUGGGUAGACACAUUGAAGAAGCUAAAAGAAGCUCCUCCCAUGGGAGUCCAAAGAAAAUUGAUGAUAUCUUAUGAAAGGUUAGAUUAUGCACAAAGGCAAGUAUUUUUGGAUAUAGCUUGUCUCUUCGUAUAUGGGGAUAAAACAUAUCCUUUCUACAUGUGGGAUGCCUGUGGAUACUACCCACACGAUGCCCUUGAAGUCCUUGUUCUCACAUCCUUGAUAAAAAUCAAGUACGGCAAUACUUUCUGGAUGCAUGAUCAAGUGCGAGACCUCGGAAGGGAAAUCGUACGUCAAGAGAAUUUCAACGAUCCUUGUGAGCGUAGCAGAGUGUGGAAUCCCGAGGAAGCUCUGAGCAUUAUGAAGCGUAAAGAGGGGAGUAGGAAAACGGAAGCACUGUUAAUACAGCCUCCGUUAUCAUUAUUUCGUCCUUUUCAUGAAGAAAUUCUGGCACAUGAUGGAUUUGCUAAUUUGCGAAACCCGAGGUUCUUUUAUGGGGAUGGGGUCAUCCUUGCUGGAGACUUCAAUAAUCUUCUCUCCAGUUUAAGAUGGCAGAUCAGAAAAUUGCCAUACUGGAUUGAAGAGCUAGUGAAAAUUAGGCGGUUGGAUUUAUCAGAGUGUACGAAAUUAAAGGAACUUCCAGACUCCGUUGGGAAAUUACAAUCAUUAGUUGAGUUGGAUUUGUCAUCGACAACUAUUGGUCACCUACCUGAUUCAAUCGGUGAUCUAAAGCAAUUGAAAGUACUUAGGAUAAGAUACGUAAAGGGGAUUGCAAAAUUGCCAAGUGCGAUUGGACUGGUAGAGAAGCUUGAAGAGUUAGAUGCACAUAAAUGUGACAACUUGACUGGUGAAAUUCCUGAGGAAAUUGGGAGACUGUUCUAUUUGAGGAUCCUAGACUUGUCAUACACACAUAUAUCCGGAUUACCCGCCAUGAUGAGUCGCCUCUCUAAUCUCCAAACACUUAAUCUAGAACGAUGUACUGAGCUUAAAUGGUUGCCAGAGCUUCCCCCGAGAUUGAUUAGCCUGGGAUGGGGCUCCGACACUGUUGCCCAUGUCUAUGAAGACAUGUCAUAUGAGCCGGAGAGUGUCACUGCUCUUCCUAUUAGCAUCAACACCCUAUCUCAGCUGGAAAAACUAACAUUGUCCUGCGAAAACAUGCAAUUCCUCCCCCAGCUCCCAUCUAGUUUAAGAGAGUUACAACUUCAAAAUCUGGCGACCAGACGAUCGCCGGAUUUUUCCAAUUUGAAAAACUUGUCAAUCUUGACACUUUGUGGUUGUUCAAUGCCGGAAUUGUGUGGUAUAUUUGAUGCGGAGUUGGAGGUCCUCAGUGUGGAGCUCUGCAAGUUCAGAAAAUUGGACGCACUGUUUCAGUUGGAAAUGGAAAGACUAAGAUGUUUAACGAUGUCCUGGUGUGAGUUCCUCCCAGAAGUAGUUGAUUUGUCGCGCAUGAAGAAUCUGGAAGACGUAUUUCUGUCAGAUUGCAAGUCGUUACUCGAGAUUCGCGGCCUUGAAGAAUUGGGAUCCCUUUGCUCCCUAAGGGUCGAGCGUUGCAGUUUCAUGGAGAGGAUGUCAGACCUAUCGAGAUUGAAAAGGCUAAAUUUCCUUGGAGUAGAAAACUGUCCAAAGCUCAGAAGCGUGGAAGGUCUAAACCACUUGGAAUCUUUAAAGGUGUUGUCUAUCUUCAAUGCUGGAGAGUUUGGGGGUGACACCUCAAAUUUGAAUUUAGAAUAUUUCAUUAUAAGAACGGACGAGAGACCAGACCGUGAGGAGCACUGCAAGGACGUGGAGGCAAAGCCAAAGUAUUUGCGGUGUGGAACAGCAAUGUCCUCACUUUCGUCGACUUCAGUGGGAAGUAAUUACUUCCUACCACCUUGGAUCCAUUUUGCAAACAGAGCUGUUGUUGAGUUGUUCUGGAUUUUGGGUUCGGCUCCAUCAGGUUCUCUCAGAGCUUCGAUAAUACGGCCUGGCCUCUUCAGACUUAAAAACGGGCAGGAGUCGCAGUAUGGUGCUGCAAUAACUGUCAACAUGAACACAUGA